UCCCACCCAAUUGAGUGCAGCUUGGUAGUGACGGGCUUCCGCCUUUAGCUACGAGUAGCGACGUUCGAAACCAAGAAGAGUAACGCGGACCACUGACGGCGUUGUUGCCUCGACGUUUCACGUGCGGCCAUGGCGGGCGUGCAAGGCGGCCAUGGCGGCAGCUUGAGCGCGAGCGGCAGCGGCAGCGGCAGCGGCGGGGAGCGCGAGGCGAUGAGGGAGAGGGAGGCCUCGGCGGCUCUGGAGGAGCUGCGCGCCAUCGUGCAGGCGUGUGCGACCAUGCUGGGCAGGAAGCCCGCGUCCCUCAAGCGCGCGUUUGAGCGGCGGCACGCGCGCGUGGUCGGGGGGGCGGACAGCGCGCUGUACGCCUCACAGCUGCUGCUCUUCGCCCUGCACCAAGCCCUGCGCGCCUGCCCCCUGCGCUCCGCCCUCGCCGCCUCCAAGGCGGUGCCCCUGCACCAGCUGCUGUACCGCGCCAUAACUACCUUCGCCACGCUGCACCGCAUUCACCUGCGCUCCCUGCAGCAGCAGCAGAGGGGGCGGCGCCAGGCGUCCCUACGGGCGGUGGGGGGCAGCAGGGGGGCGCCGCCCAGACCGCCCUCCGUGGGGCACGAGCAGCAGCGCCCAGCAGCGGCGUCGGACGGCGCGGAGGACGAGGAGCGCGUGCCGGAGCAGACGGCCAUGGCGCUGGGCUUUGCACGCAUCGCCCCGCUGCUGCCGGAGCUGGCGUCGCCCGUGACGGCGCCCUGCCUGCACCACCUGCUCGCCUUCACGCGCGCCGCCAACUCACCCUCCGCCCAGCCGCCGCCCUCGGGGCUGUCCGCUGACCGCCUGCAUCAAUUCGUGGCGGCUGUGGCAGACGAGCACGAGGCGAUGGGCAAGCGCACGGGCAUGGUGGCGGCAGCGCUGGGGCUGCAGGAGAGGGAGGUGGUGGUGGCGGACAGCGACGCCACGCUCUACCUCGACGCGCCCGGGGCCCCCAAGACCCUUGUGGGCCACGGCCGCCUCUACCUCACUCCCCUCGCCCUCUACUUCCAGGCGGACGCCACUGGCUUCCUGCGCACGGUGGCGGGCAAGGUGGAGCGCUUCGACCUCGCAGCGCUGGGGGCGGGCCACAAGGUGGCGGCGGUGGCGCCGGACGCGCUAUCGCUCAACGUCUUCUCCAUGACGCGCUCCCUCGCCCUCUCCUCCCGCCUGCAGCCCACGUGGACGCUGGAGUUCAUCGAGUACAAGCUGCAGCGCCAGCGCGACCUGUGGCACGCGCUGCUGGGGGAGGUGCUCGCGCUGCACGCCUUCCUUGCGGACUACAGGCCCGCACCCACUCACGUGCUGCCAGCUGGCACGGAGGAGGGGGAGGAGGAGGAGGGGGAGUUUGAGGAUGACCUGAGCGAUGGAACGGCCAGUGAUGAUGAUGAGGAGGAGGAGGAGGAGGAGAAGGAGGAGGAGGAGGAACAGGAGGGGAGUGGGGGAGGGGAGGGGGAGGCGGAGAAGCAGUCGCUGGGGCGGUUGUUGGUGGAGGAGGGGUGCCAGCAGGCGCUGUGGGCGAUGGUCAACGCCGUGCUGCAGCUGCAGGCGCUGCAGACGGUGAUCGGCAGCACGCCCCCUGACCCCGUGCGCCUGCUGCCCUUCUCGUGGGCGCGCACGGUGCCCGAGGGCCACCUCGUGGAGCAGGCCGUAGCGCUGCGCCUGUGGGGCCCGCAGCGCCUGCCGGCGCUCAAGACGGGCAAGUGGUCCGCCAAGCGCCUGGCGUACCUGCUGCAGGGGGGGGAGGACGAGGACGAGGGGGCGGGCGGCAGGGGCAGAGGGGUGGCGUCGCCGAGAGAGCUCUUCCUCAGGAGCAAGGGAGGUUGGGGGAGCGGCGUGGGGAAGGGCGAGGAGGAUGAGGUGGGGGAGAGCAGUGGAGGGGGGGAGGAGAGGAGCGGGAUGCCUGGUGGGCUCAGGCCUCUUGGGCGGUCUGCUUCCUGGAAGCUUCAGUCGUCUGUGUCGUUUUGGAAAGGGAAGGAGGGGGGAGGGUCUAUGGCUAGUGAGGGAUCGGUGGAGGAAGGGGAGGAGGAGGAGGAGGAAGAGGAGGAGGAGGAGGAGGAGGAGGAGAGGGGCUUUGGCGGUCGGAUUCACAGGAAGCUGGAGAAGGCUGUCAGGGUGGCGAGGGAGAGGGAGGAGCUAGCGGACAGGGCGCAGGCGACAGUGGAGGGGUCGCUCAUCGACGACAUCCCCAGCAACGUCACGCUGCUCCUCCACCUGCUGCAUCCGGCGUACACGGCGGUGCGUGCCGUGGUGGACAUCAUCCAGUGGAGGGAGCCGCUGCUCACCAUCCUCGCCGCCAUGCUCAUGCUCUUCCUCGUCAACGGGGGGUACAUCUGGCUCGUCCCGUCGCUCCUGCUGCUGCUCCUCGCCGCCGUCAUCAUCUUCUACCGCGUCACCAACCUCUCCUCCUCGCCGCCCGCCCGCCCCUCCUCGCCCAAGUCGCCCGGCGCUCAGUGGACCCCCGGCAGCCCGGCGCUGUCGUCGUCGUCGCCGCCACUGCAACCACGGCCACCAGCAUCCGCAUCACUCUCAGCCGCGGCGGCGGGGCGGGGCGGUGGCGGCGGGGCGAUGCGCAUGCUGGUGGUGGAGAUGGAGCCGACGCCCACGGCCAUGGCGUCGCUGCUGAUGGUGAAGGACGGCAUCGCCGCCGCGCUCACCGUCUUCCAGCGCGUCAACGUGGCGCUGCUCAAAGUCAGAAGCAUCUUCCAGUCCGCCGAGCCGCAGCUGUCCAGGAAGGUGUGUUCGCUCCUGCUGGUGGGGGCGGCGGCGUGCGCUGUGGUGCCGCUGCUGGUGCCGGCGCGUGUGAUCGGCACGGUGGUCGUGCUGCAUGUCUUCUCCGCCUACUUCAACUUCCAGAAGCAGAAGGGCGGCCCGCAGACGGCGUCGGUGGGCCACAAGCUGCAGCGCUGGUGGCUGCUGGUGCCCGUGCCCGCCGUCAAGGUGGUGCUCAAGGGCUCUGCCGCCGCCGCUCAGGCAGCCGCGCCCACCUCGCACGCCGAUAAGGUCAAGUGACACCUCGACUAGGUCACGCGCGACUGGGCGCGACUCACCAACGUUGCGGCGGACGGCAUCAUCCGGUCGUGACUGCCGCUUCCAAUGUUCUGGGAGGUCACGACUACUUGGCUUUCUGUGUUUCAGUCUGCCCUUGAAAUUCCUAGUCUUCAAGUUUUUCUGAUGCGAGUGUGAUAGUUUAGAUGGCGAGUGGAGGAAGAUACACGGAGAGCGUGAAGGCUUAGGUCGACGGUACAGUGGCGGAAAGCAUACAGGUCUCACACGUGACGACUGGAAACUACCCACUCAUUUUGGUAGGGAUUGGGUGGUGGGGAUUGGGUGGAGCGAGAGAUACACAAAGCAAGGCGGUUGAUGCGUGGAUUGGUCUGGGCCCCUCGGCUUGCGCUACCCACAACUCACGUAUGGAACUGGCGAAGAAACUUGUGCAGAGAGAAAAUUGCGAGUCAACGCCGGAUCGAAGUGAAGCUUAGCGAACCGUGUAACCAGGCAGAGCUUCGGCAGCGAAAUAUGGAUUUCCCCAACCGCGAAUCCACA